GAGUUAUUCAGCAUGGUGUUCUUCACAUGCAAUGCUUGUGGCGAAUCCCUGAAAAAAGCCCAGGUGGAUAAACACGUGACUAUGUGCCGAGGCUGCCAGGUUCUGUCUUGCAUUGACUGUGGAAAAGAUUUCUGGGGUGAUGACUACAAAAAUCACAUCAAAUGCAUCAGCGAAGACCAGAAGUAUGGGGGUAAAGGCUAUGAGACCAAAGCAAACAAAGGAGAUGUGAAACAGCAUCAAUGGAUCCAGAAAAUCCACGAAGCCAUGAACAAACCUGGAAUUAGUGCAAAGCUGAAAGAUGUGCUCCAGCAAGUCGGUGCAUAUGACAAUGUCCCAAGAAAAAAGGCUAAAUUUGAGAAUUGGAUGAGAAACAGUCUAAGGAUUACCAACUCAGGUCUACAUGAAGAUGUAUGGGACAUCCUGAAUGCAGCUACUGACAUUAACCCUGAUGUACCCAAGAAGAAAAAACAAGUGAAAAAGACGCUGAUUGUAGUUGAAGUGGAUAGUAAUACGAAAGAAAAGCAAAAUGGCCAUUCGGAGAUGAAGAAAAAGAAACUUACAAAACAAGAGCGUAAAGAAGCCCGUCAACAGGCAAAUGGGAAACUUGAGAAAAAAUCAAAAAAGGCAGAACUGGCAGUAGCCGAGGAAGACCAGGUAGCCAAAAAGAAAAACGACAGAAAGAGAUCAAGGGUUUGUGAAGACAAUGAAAAUGGGAACCAAGAUGGUGCCUUUGAGCAAAUGUCCAGCAAAAAGGUGAAAACUGACCAAACAGCAGAGGUUGCUGUAUCUGAGCAGAGUGAGGAUCUAGCGGUUGCCAAAGGGAAUUUCAAAUGGAAAGAAACUAUUAAGGCAGUAUUGAGAAAUUCACCUGACCAGCAAUUACCAGUGAAGAAACUCAGGAAGAAGGUUCUGGCUGCCUACUUCUCAGUCACUGGUGAUGGGAAUUUAAAGACAAAUGAGGAGGUCCUUGCACUUUUCAAGAAGAAGAUUAAUCACAAUCCCAAAUUUAGAGUUUUGAAGGACAGAGUUAGUCUUGUAAAUUAACUAAGCAGAUUCCACCUCUAUGGCAUGAAAUGUAUAUCAGUUCAAGAUUAUGCUCAUUGUUAAGCGUUAUGAUUUUCAGGUAAGAUCUUGAUGAUUAAACCAUUUGUCUUUUA